AUGUUGUUUUGGUUAGUUUUUCAGUCUGUAUUCUUUGUAUGUGCUGGUCAGAGAUAUCCCAUUACUGCCGCCUGGUUCAGCGACCACUUCUCUCCUAAAAACUGGACUGAUAAUCUGUCUAACUUUACAAGAAAUGGCGGGGACACAGUUCUUUUGAAAGCUCCACAAUUCCUUUUCCGGUCACAACAGGAUAUGGAAGUAGAUCCAGAUUUCGCGUGGUGUGGCACCACGGCAACCGACACGGGACCUACGUGUUUUGAGGACGCGAAAAAGGAAAUGAACCAACUAGGAUUCAGCAUAGCAUCUUUCGCGUCAUACAAAAGCGGAGAAAACUUCAGUGAGGCUGUCAUUACAUGUCCAGCGUUCGAGAGGAAAUUGGUUGGGGCCAGGACAUAUACUCGUCUUGUUCUUCCGAUAACAGUAAGACCUCAAAGUCAACCAUGCGCCCUUCCUUCGGGAUCCAGUGUCAUUGUCCUUUUUACGACCUUUAAUGGCAUUGAUUCCAAUGAGCUUUUGGUGAAUGCUGCUGCUGAGAAGAACAUGUCGGUAUAUAUGGGACUCCCUGGGGCUCCUCCGGCAAACGCUGCUACGGUGUCGGAGAAACAAUUCAUGUUAGCUUACUACGACUGGAUAAAUAGACUGAUGGUGGACCACCAACAAAGGUACAAGAGCAUAGCAGUCAAACAGUCCAAAUACACGACUGCUUUCGAUGCUGUUAAAGGGUACAAUACAGGGGAAGAGCGUCCUCUAGGACAGUUCAACACUGAUGCAGACAUGCUGUUUCUUUACUCUACACAGGGCAGUAUAGUACAUCACCACGGUAGGAAGUUCCUUGUAUCUGCUUCCGUCGACUUACGUAAAGCUGGAGGGUACAGCAUUGACGAUCACGUUCAUGGAUUCAACGCUCUUGUAAAUUCGUCGAAAGCUGACAUCAUGAACAUCCAUGAGGGGAGAGGCUAUGGAAAAGCUUGUUACUAUUGGCCAACACAAAACAUCUUGCCCAUAGCACAGGUCGACAAGACACUUGACACAGUGCUGCAUUACCAGAACCCUCAGCUGAAACCCAAUAUCACAUUUGAAGAUUUCUUUGUCGGUAGCAUACAGCAGGUAAUGGAAUCUUUGUUUGUUGCUCGAGAAGCGCUCCAGAAGAAUAACAUUUCCUUUGACAUGUGGUUGAACCUAGAAGCGUUCGAAUCCCUUCGAGAUAAUCCGUGUUUUCCAACAUCCGGGUCUGGAACCUCAAUCUCAACGGACAGGGUCACGAAGGGCAGACUUGACAUGGCACUGUCAGCAGGUGCAGUGUUUGUCCAGAAGGUGUCAGUAUCCUCCUGGGAUCCCAACUUUACGUGCAUGCCGAAGAACUCCAGCUCGACACUAGCACAACAGGUGUACAAUGACGCUGGCCGACCAAUCAUCACUCGCUGUUCUUUCCACAGCCAGUACAACCGUUCAGUCGUGGUGAUAGGGUUUAACUUACUGGGCGAAACUCAGGGAUUUUCGGUGAGUUGGCCAGACAUUGGACACAAGCGUCAUAUCAGUAGCGUCCACGGUUAUUACUUCGAGGCUGACUUCGGCAGCGAACAUCAUCUUGUACCUUCUCUCAUCUACACACAGCUGUACGACCCCUACAACAUAAUGCAGCUCAACCCUAAGGGCAUUGUCAGGGUCAAGGCCAGCGGGACAAACCGAGCAUGCGUGUUCACGUAUGACUAUACCUACGUAGAAAACAAAACUGGGUAA